AUGGAUAUGCCAGUUAAUGUCCCUGUUGAUGACACAAAUGCUGACACAGAAUGGAACGACAUUCUCCGCAAGCAUGGUAUAAUUCCCGAAAAACCUCCCUCCCCAACACCAGUUAUAGAGGAAGCGAUUCUGGAAGCUGCAGAGCGAGAACAUGAAAAUCGACUUGAAAAUAAAGACCUAGAUGAACUUGACGCUCUCGAAGAUGAAGAAGACGAGGAGUUUCUUGCGAAAUACCGCCAAAAGCGCUUUGAGGAAAUGUCCCGUCUUCAAAAAAAAAGUAUCCACAACCAGGUCUAUCCUCUUCAAAAACCAGACUACGCAAAGGACGUGACAGAAGCGUCUUCAAAAUAUUUCGUUAUGGUCAACCUCACCUCCUCAGCAGUUAAUAAUAUCGAGUCACAACUUCUCACGGAGCUGUGGCGACAACUUGCUAUGAAAUACGGAGAUAUAAAAUUCUGCGAGAUGCGCGCGGAUAUGUGUAUAGAAGGCUACCCCGAUCGGAAUACACCGACAAUACUCGCCUAUAAGGACGGCGACAUCAAAAGGCAAAUAGUCACACUUAAAGAGCUCGGGGGGCCAAAAACCACUCUCAAGGAUCUUGAAAAAGUCCUCGUCUCCUUGGGCGCCAUCGAUGAAAACGAUAGCCGCCUCAGAAAAGGAUCCACCCCCAAACCAGCAAGCAGCGAUGACGAAUAUAUCGACGAUUGGGAUUGA